AUGGCAGUAACACUUGUAGAAAUUAAAAAAAUGAUAAAAGAUUUGUUUUCAAAGUACAAAGUAGAAACGGAAGCUGCGCUAAAGCAACAAGAAAACAAGUUUAUAAAUAUAGUUUGUGCAAACACCAAAAUAUUAAACAAGAGAUUGGACAAAGUAGAAAAAGGUAUUUUGGAAAAUGCUAAAAAAAUAUCUACACUUGCAACAGAAGUUGAAGAAAUAAAAGUAAGUUUAAAUUUUCACGAGGAACUCAUUGAAAACAAAAUUAAAAUCGCGUUAGAUAUUUUCAUGAAAAGUAAAUGUACUCCUAACGAAAUUCAAAAUAACAACACUGAGCUCAAAAAGAUAAAUAGUAAGCUAAGAGAAAUAGAAGAUAGAUCAAGAAGGAAUAAUUUAAGAGUUGACGAAGUUAAAGAAGAUGAUAAUGAAAGCUGGUUGGAAAGCGAAGCGCAUAGAGCUGGUAAGGUAGGUAUAAAAGAGCACAGAACAAUUGUUCUGAAAUUAUUGGACUCUAAAGAUAAGGAGGCAAUUUUAAAAAACUCUUCAAAGUUAAAAGGAAAGAACAUUUUUAUAAACGAAGAUUUUUGCACGGAGACGAAUCGAAUUAGAAAGGAUUUACGAGAGAAAAUGAAAAUUGAAAGACAAUCGGGAAAAUUUGCGUAUAUUUCCUACGACAAGCUUAUUGUACGCGGGUGGAAUGCAAAAAAAAAGUAA